UGGACCCCACCGAGCACGACAAAUUGGUUAUUGGUCUCCUGCAAGGACGUUCCUCUACUUAGAUGUAUGCAAGGAAGACGCGGACCGGCGAUUGGAUACUACCUGGAGGCUCCGAGAAGAAGGCCUUCCGCGGUUGGACAGCGCAGGGUAAGGCUGAUUUUAAAGGAGCCGCAGGUGGGAGCCGUCGAAGACCCGAGAUCGGCGGGAGGCGGCGGCUGCAGCCUGGGAUCCCCCAGGGACUCCCCGGAGCCACCGCUUCCCCAAUGGACUUGCCGGGGGAAUCCAGCCCACCUGGCCAGCCACGUCUGUGCCGCCAGCCUUUGAGUCGAGCAUCAUGGGGAGCCAGAAGCCCGAAACGGCCGAGGCUGCAGCCCCCAGUGGCCCCUUCACCCUUGGAAAAGGCCUCUCGGAGGGUCCUGGCCGUGGUACUGGAAGAUGUCAUGGCUGCCCAUAUGGUCCCCCUGGUGCCUCAAGAGGAGACCUCUACUCCACGGCACCGCAGCAACCGUUGGGAUUCUGUCCAAAACCAGCUGCCUGCCUCACCACCCCGACAGGCCAUGUGGUCAUCACAGGCCAGGCCUCACUACCCACUGCACUUAUGCCGAGAGCCCUUGAGCCGCAUUCACCAGUCUUCUUCCACCCUGAGGCAUCGAUCAAGGACAACCCCUGGCCCAGAGGAAGGCCCGUCACAAGAGGUGGACCGGGCCCCCCAGCCCACGCUGGUGGUGAUGCUAGAAGAUGUUGCCAGUCCAAGACCCCCAGCUGAGGGCUUCACGGAUGAGACUCCCAACUUCAUCAUCCCAGCAAGAAGAGCUGAAUCCAUGAUGAUGGUUCACCAGACAAUGCCUCCGUCCAAGGACCUGGAAGCCCCAUUCCAGGCAUCUGUCCUGUCUGCAGACCCUCUGGAGAACUCAUCACCAGCCCCAGAUCCUGUUCUGGAAGCCCCAUCGACCCCACCGCCAUCCAGCCUUUUACGCCCCCGCCUCAGCCCCUGGGGCUUGGCACCCCUCUUCCGUUCUGUUCGUUCCAAGCUGGAGAGCUUUGCUGACAUCUUCCUCACACCCAACAAAGCCCCACAGCCCCCACCCCCAUCACCCCCCAUGAAGUUGGAGUUGAAGAUUGCCAUCUCAGAGGCUGAGCAGUCCAGGGCUGCUGAGGGUACUGCAUCCGUCAGUCCCCGCCCUCCUAUCCGACAGUGGCGAGCUCAAGACCAUCAUACCCCAGUACCUCUCCCUAAGCCACCUCUGGGCCGAAGCCACUCCUGCCCUGACCUGGGGCCUCCUGGCUCAGAUACCUGCAGCUGGCCCCCUUCUUCACACCACCCAAGCCGGCCACGGCCUCGGCGGCAUACUGUGGGUAGUGGAGAGAUGGCUCGAGCCCCGCCACCACCACCCCCUCGACCCUGUCUCCGGAAAGAGGUCUUCCCUCUUGGAGGAGUGGGAAGCUCUCCUCCCCUCAUCACAUCUUGUUCGUCCACUGCAUCCACUUCCUCCUCCUUCUCUGAACCUGCAAAACCCAGGUUGGGCUCAACCAAGGGAAAGGAGCCACAGGUCUCACAGGACCAAGUGCUGUCAGACCCUGAGACCAAGACCAUGGGAAAGGUUUCUCGAUUUAGAAUACGCAGGACAGUGGCCCGUCCUCAACUAAACCUUACACCAAUGGGGCUGCCUCGACCAAUCAGGUUGAACAAGAAAGAGUUCAGCUUGGAAGAAAUUUACACCAACAAGAAUUAUCAAUCACCUACAACCAGGAGGACCUUUGAGACCAUCUUUGAGGAACCAAGGGAGCGCAAUGGGACUCUGAUUUUUACCAGCUCAAGGAAGCUGCGGCGGGCUGUGGAAUUUCGGGACAGCAGCCUUCCUCGAUCCCGGAGGCCAUCUCGUGGGGUCCGGGCUGCAGCUGGCAGGACCCUUACUCCUAACGUGGCCCCCAGCCCAGAUGUGGGACCCCUGCUGCAGCAGCGGCUGGAGGAGCUGGAUGCCUUGCUCCUGGAAGAGGAGGAAGUGGAUUAGGGAGCCGCCCCAUCAGACCUAGGAGCUCCAUCUGUUUAUCUGUACAUCCAUCUGGGAGGGAGAAGCCUUUGAGGCCAUUUCAUUUUUUUCUCUAUAUUUCUAGUAAAGUUUUCAAUAUA